UGUCACUGAUGGAUACAUCCCAGGAAUGGUAGUCGAGCGCAGAUCAGAGUUUAGGGGAAUAUGGCUCUCUCCAGAGGUUUGAGAUGCUGUCAAAGGGUUUUCUCCUGGAUACCUGUUCUUAUAAUAACCUGCGUGGUGUUGUGGUCAUACUACGCCUACGUGUUUGAGCUAUGUCUUUUUACACUCACCAACACACUGGAAAAAGUGGCCUAUCUACUGGUCUUUCAUGUUUGCUUUGUGAUGUUCUCCUGGACCUACUGGAAGUCCAUAUUUACCCCUCCUGCAUCACCAUGCAAAAAGUUUCAGCUGUCAUACUCAGACAAGCAGAGAUACGAGAUGGAAGAGAGGCCAGAUGCACAGAAACAAAUCCUGGUUGAGAUUGCAAAGAAACUGCCCAUCUUUAGUCGAGCUCAAUCUGGAGCUAUCAGGUUCUGCGACCGCUGCCAGGUGUUGAAGCCUGACCGCUGUCACCACUGCUCGGUUUGUGAAACGUGUGUCUUGAAGAUGGACCACCACUGUCCCUGGGUGAACAACUGUGUGGGCUUUGCCAACUACAAGUUUUUCCUGCUUUUCCUCUCCUACUCCAUGCUGUACUGUGUAUUCAUUGCAGCUACAGUCUUUCAGUAUUUCCUCAAAUUCUGGGUGGGUGACUUGCCAAAUGGGCCCGCGAAGUUCCAUGUCCUUUUCCUCAUGUUUGUGGCCCUCAUGUUUUUCGUCAGUCUCAUGUUUCUCUUUGGCUACCACUGUUGGUUGGUUGCCAAGAACCGAUCCACUUUAGAGGCCUUCUCAGCUCCAGUUUUUAUCAAUGGACCAGACCGAAAUGGCUUCAAUGUCAGCACACGCAGAAACCUGCAGCAGGUAUUUGGAGAGGAUCGGAGGUUGUGGUUCAUCCCUGUUUUCACAAGCCAAGGGAAUGGCCACUACUUCCCCUUGAAGAAUCGGAGUUCUGAGUCCCACAACUCCUUAUUAGCUAAUGAGGACAUGUGGGAGGAGUCGGACGAUGGCUCUGAGGAAGGAAGCUUGGCUGAGAACCAAGACCCCUCUGUUACAAUAGAGAUGGAAGAAUAGUAACUUAAUUCAAGGACAAUUGACACUCAUACAGAGGACAUAGAUUAACAUAACACACAUAGGCAAAAGCAUUCCAAAUCAUGUGGAUGUUCAGACACUCCAGAGAAAUUCUGAAGGGGGCCAAACUUGUGGAUUAAAACCUGCAAUUGGAUUGUCUUUGCCACUUUUACCCAUGUUUUACAUAAUGUGUGAUCCGGACAGAAAUAUUGUCAAAUAUUACCUUGAAUAUAUAUAUAUAUAUAUAUAUAUACACACUGUAUAUUCCUCUGGUUGUUCAUCUCAAGGCUCCGGCCUCUGUGAUAUUAUAUAUUACUGUUAAUUGGGAAGCUUCGGUCUGGCACUGUUCAUCUUGAUAUGCCUCUAUUUCCGUGUUGCGCUGUGAGUUUACAGUGUUGCACCUUCAACCCACUAUCUGUGAAGGGUGAUGUAUCUAAAUUGACGCACAUAAUCUCUUGUAGUGAUUCAGCUUUCUUGACUCUUUGAGUUUGGGUCUUUCAUAAUUUUAACAUAGGACCUUACUUUUUUCAAAGACCAUAAGCAUAUUGUAAUACCUGACUUAACCACCGCCUUAUUAAUAUAUUUAUUCUUGUCUUGUGGGAUUCCAUUUCUCCUGAGAAUGUAUGCAGCGCCCUGCUUGCGAAUAGAUGGUGCCAACAUUCUGUGCACUUAUUAAGGCAGGAACCUCUUGUAUUAUGCUUUAAUAGAGUAUUUUAGCAUUAAUAUUGAGAUCAAAUGCUAUUACCUAUGUCUGAUCAGACCGGUGACAGUAAUAAAAACAGAACCAGCAUAUAUUUGUAGCUCUGGUUCACAGCUACAGCUCACUAUGUUUAAAAAUGAAAGCUAAAAAACUCAACAAGAGUAUUACAGCAAACUUAAAGGUAUACUAUGCAGGAAUUUCCUAGAAACAGUGUAUAGACUCAUGAAAAGUAAUCCCUUUUAAGCAUCACUUGUGAUUAUUAUAUUAUUAUAUUAGAAGUGUGUGGCCAUGUCUGUAUCUGCAGAGACCCUGCUUUCUACUUGUAAUUUCUUUCCUUCUUAUUUUGCUGUGUUGGCUUUUGGGUGUCAGCUUAUGGGCAGUGGGUGUUUACCACUUAGCCAAUAACACCGUACAGGUGAGGUCAAGACUUUACCAAAACAAAGUGUGUCUCCAUCUCUCUCUUUCUGUGACAUGAAUGUAUAAAGAGCUUCAGAUCUGUUUGACUGAGAGCGGGGGUGAGACACACACACACACACACACACACACACGCGCACACACAUACAGAGAGGCGCGCAGAGAGGCACCUUCCCGCAGAGUUGUGUGGAGGUGUAGGCGUGUUUGUUUGUGCUUUAAAACACAACCGCAGUGAAACAAUCAGGAAAUAACAAUUUAUUUCUCCGUUUCACCCCACUCUCUCUCUUUAUUCACGCUCAAGCUUGCUCGACCACCGCUGCUCUGUUUCGGCUCAUUGAGCCGGAGGGGCCCACUUUGAAUGUUGUGUUUACAAACCGUAAGCGAGGCUUGCUGCAUAGUAUACUCUAUUAAUAUAAGGUAAUCACAUAUUAUGGGAGUCAUAUCCUGACUAUACUGUAUAUCUUGACAUCCUAGAAUGAUGUUGACUAAAUAUUGCUUUUUAAAAUAAAUGCAGUGAACGGUUUGAUUUUACGGUCUGGGAUUAUCAUACGAGACGAACGAUGAUAGACAAUUUUAAGAAUUAUCACAAUUUUGUUUUUUACCAAUAUCAGCCAUCCCAAGAACAUAUGUGUGUGUGUGUGUAUGUAUGUAUGUGUAUAUAUAUAUAUAUAUAUAUAUAUAUAUAUAUAUAUAUAUAUAUAUAUAUAUAUACAUAUAUAAUAUAUGCGCGCUAUAACAUGACACUCAUCCACUGGUUGGUAGAGGUCAGCGAUAUUCUGCAAUAUUAUGUUUUCAUUUCUUUUCUACCUGUGUUUAUGUAUUGACAUUUUCAAUACCAAUGAAACAGAUUCUUCUCAACGAGAGCAUUUGGUUUAUGCACUUGUGUAUUAGCCAGUGUACUUAGUUUAUAACCAUGUCUUGAAUGGAGUACACAUAUUUAUUUCGUAUCUGCAAACAGUUAGGCCUUUUAUCAAACCGUAAUGCUGUUUGAUCUUGAAAUUAACUUUCUUCAUCAGAUCAGUUUUUCUACUAUGUUGAGAAAGCCAAAUCAAAUGUUGCUCAAUCUGAGAAAUACAUAAUCAAUGCUUAAUUCAAAGUGUUGCUUUUAUCUGAGGUAUGAUUCAUUGUUUGAAAGCAUGUAUAAAACAUUAGGAAAGAUGUGGAUGUUGAGUGUUUCAUGUAGUCUUGCGUUUAUUUAUUGUUGUAAUCUUCAGUUUUUUUCCCCCUCCGUAUUGAGUUUACUGAUUCAUAACUGCUGCAGGCGGUGUCUGUAUAUUUUGUUCCAUCAAGUGAUACUUAAAAUAAACGGUUGAAGCAAUGUGCUUUUAUCAAAUAAUAGGAUAUUUAUAACAUGAGAAGAUGACUAAUUAUACUCAGUUUGCAGACUGGAGUUCAAUAUUGCUAGAGCACCAACAGUAUGGUCCCUUUUGAAUAGUCUUUGGAGUAUGUGAUUGUGGCGCUUCCCCUUUUCAAAACGUUAUGAACCAUCAAAAGUAUUGAUACUGUUUCUGUCUUAACAAAUAUAAAUUCUUUAUUUUGCAUCAGUUGUGACAUGCAAAUAAAAUGAUCCAAGUUGAACUAUU